UAUUUUCUAUAUAUACAAAGAGAAAGACGGAGUGUUAUUAUAAGUUAAGAAUAUUGAAUCAUAUUAUUUCUUGUUAAGCAAGUAAGAAUUUCCAUCUAGCACUAUACUUUCGGCAUCUCCUCCUCUCUAUUUUCUCUUUUCUGUAAGCAAGUUUUAUGCUACAAUGACUCAUAAACAUGUAUAUGAUUUUGUACGAGGAAAGGUAAUUUUGCACAACUCCAACAACAACUCAUGGACUCCAAUUGGAGAAGAAUGCACCCUACAAAAGAAAGCUGCUGUUGAUUCCACUUCACGACGGCGCGGCAGGAAACCGAAGGCAUCUCACCGUGCUUCUGAUGAGUGUUUCCAGAAUGCUACAGCUUCUAUCUCGACGCCAUCUUCCAACCAUGUGGAACUUGAGAAAGAGAGUUCUUCUCCAACUGCUUUAACUUUGAAGUUCACACAUUUAGAUUUGGUUCCUUCGGCAAAAGAUGUGAACGAGAUUUGUGGCCGAUUUGGGCCGCUAAUUGAGUCGAAGACUGAACUUAUAGAGAGAAUGAACUGCGUUAGAGUUGUUUUCAAGAGACGCGUUGAUGCAGAAAGUGCUUUUAUCGGUACUGAAAAGUAUAAUAUAUUCGGGCCUUCACUAAAGAGUUAUCGUCUUAAGAUUUUGCCUCCUAUGCCAAAGAAUGGCAAAAGAAAGCGAGGGAGAAAAAGUAAGAACGACAAAAGUUUUGGGUUAGUUGUUGUAUGAUGUUUUGACAACAACUAAUCCAAAACUUUUUUCGUUUGGAUGUAUUUUGGGCUAAUUUGAACAAGAUUCAGUUGGUACAUGUCUUUGUUUGUCAAAAUAAUAUUUGUGAAUACUAAGGUUUGAUCACUGCAUUUUCCUACUCACAUUUCUAAACUUAUUUAAAAAUGCAUGGUUAAUUUUUUAUGGAUACUGGUAUAGUAUACCAUAUUCUCCACUUGUGCUCAUUUCACGCACAC